AUGGAAAACGGCGCAUCCGGCCGACUGUACGUCGGCAGCCUCCCCCCGCACUACACGGAAAAGGAUGUAUACAGGGAGUUUGAAGUAUGCGGACCCGUCCUAAAGGUGGAACUUAAGAAAGCGUCCAACGGCACUGGUUACGCCUUCAUCGAGUUUCAGGAUCCACGGGAUGCCCGCGAUGCGAUCGAGCAGAUGCACGGGAGGCCACCAGCAGGCGACAAGGACGGAGCGCCUCUGCGUGUGGAGUUGCCGAACAACCGGCGAGAUGUCGGCAGGGGUGGUGCUGGGGGAGGUCGCAUGCCAACUGGAGUGAAGCGGGGAGACUAUAUCUUGGAGGUUGCAGGCUUGCCGCCGACGGGGAGCUGGCAGGAUCUGAAGGAUCAUUUUAGAGUCUGUGGAGACGUGGGCUACGCAGACGUGUGGGGAGGCGGCGAUCCGGAUGCCCCCCGUUUUGGUGAAGUCAGCUUUUUCUCGCGGCGUGACAUGCUGGAUGCCUUGGAGCGUUUGGACGGGAGCACUUUCAGGAGCCAUCAGAACGAGAAGUCUCGCAUUUCCGUCCGGGAGAAGCGCACAGCGGGCGGAGGAGGAGGCGGCCUUGGUGACGAUCAUGAAGAAGAUCGAGGAGGGGGCGGGCGGGGAGGGGGCUACGCGCCUCCGUAUAGUCGAGGAGGGGGUGCUGAGCGAGACGCAUAUUACGGCAGUAGCGACAAGGAGGCGGCGAUGACUAUUACGGAGAUCGAGGAUACAGGAGACCUCGAAGCAGAUCAAGGGAUAGGAGAGGGGGCGGAGGAAGCGGCAGUGGUGCUCCUGGAUAUGGCAGCUCGAGCUAUGGAGGGGGGGGGGGCGGUUCUUCGCCUCCCCAGCGACAUCGCGAUGACUACGGACCUCCUCCGCCCCACAGGCGGUAUGAGGACAGAGAGCGGCUAUGAUAGAGGCAGAGCGUGCGCGGCACUUUGCCGUGUACAGACAGACAGAGAGAGACUCGAAUUUAGGAGGACAGCAGCGCGGAGAUGUUGGAAGAGGGAUGAUGGAUGGAUAGAUGCAAGGAGGGAGGGGGGACGGCGCCACAGAACAGACAAACAUACGGACAGAUGGAUGGACAGAUGGAUGGAUGCAUCGCCGAUUCUUAGUGUGCAGGCGCUUUGA